AGUCGCUGCAUAUUUUGAUUGCAAGGCUUGGAUCACAGUGUCUCAAUCGUAAAAGAUGGAGGAGCUGUUAAGGACCAUGAUACGACGACUCCAACUUCGACAAGAAAAUAUGUUACCUGCAUUCGAAGGAAUUGACACGAUGAACGAGUUGUUGCUAAUUGAGAAAUUGAGAGAAUAUUUAAUAGAAAAAAGAUAUCUGGAAAUUUUUUACGAUGUUUGGGGUAUUGAUUUCUGGGGAUAUAUAAUGAUUGCAUUACCUGAUAAUGGUAAAGGCAAGAGAGUUAUAAUCACAACUUGUAAUGCAGGUGUUGCUCCUUCUCCUAACCAGUCUCCAUUUUAUCAUGUCUUCAAACUUCAACCUCUGCUAAAAAGAGAAGCCUAUGAGCUCUUCUGCAAGAAGGUGUUCCAGUCAAAUGGUGGAAUUUGUCUUCCAGAGCUGCAACAAUUGUCUCACGCCAUUGUUGAAAAAUGUGAAGGCUUGCCCCUUGCCAUCGUGACAAUGGGUGUACUGGCAACUAAAGGGAAGGUUCUUUCAAAAUGGAUAAGAUUCUAUCGUGGCCUUAGUUCCUUCUUGGCAAGUGAUCAGCGUCUCUCAAACAUUAUAAAAGUUUUAACACUAAGCUAUCACGAUCUGCAUUACUAUUUGAAAUCUUGUUAUUUGUAUUUGAGCCUAUUUCCGGAGGAUUACUCCAUUUUUUGUUCGAGAUUGAUUCGACUGUGGAUAGCCGAGGUCUUCAUAAAAGAAAGAUAGGGCAGAAUAGCGAAAGAUGUGGCUGAAGAGUACUUGACUAAACUUGUUCAUAGAAGCUUGGUUCAAGUAGGAAGGUUUAGUGUUAAGGAUAAGGCCAAAAUAUGCAAGGUCCAUGAUUUGAUGCGGGAGAUAAUUCUUUCACGCGCAAGAGAGUUAAGCUUUCAUCAAGGUUCAGUUCAGAAUUGUCUAAAUCUGAAGAGAAGAUGACAUCUUUCAAUUGAUGACAAUGUUGGAAGAAUCACACGUGUUUAGGACUGGUUCAAUUCUUGUUAAUAAUAGUCCUAUAUUUAGC